CAUGGUGUUGCCAUCUUGGUAUAGGGCAAAGUGAAGUACCUUGUUCCGCCAGAUCUGGCGCCCCAUUCCAAGACCCAGGCAGUAUCCUGCCCUCCUCUCCCGACCCCAAAGCUCUACUAUUCUGCUGCUGUCUCAUGCCUCCAACUCACCUCUGGGGAAAAUGUAGUGGAGAGAGGAGACCUGGGUUCGAAUGCUGGCUUCAACUCUUUCCAGUUGUGGGACGCUGAACAAGUCACUUUUCCUUUCUGAGCCUCAAUUUCCUCAUUUGUAAAAUGAGGAAGGCUCUAAGGUCCCUUCAAACUGUAGAAGCCCAGACAGCUCCUCCCUGAGCUCAUCCCCACAGCCGCCUCCCCGGGGGGGCCCUCCCUCUUCUCCUCCUGGGCCCCCCCUGGCUCCCCUACCCUCUGCAGCUUCAUCUCUCCUAGGAACAGGGGGCCCACCCCAACUCCCACUUGGCUCCCCCUUCCCUGUCAUCAGCUCCUCCAUGGGGUCACCUGGGCUUCCUCCCCCUGCACCUCCUGGACCCUAUGGCCCUGUCAGCAGUCCCCAGAUUAACUCCACAGUGUCACUCCCUGGGGGAGGGUCCGGCCCCCCAGAAGAUGUGAAGCCACCAAUGUUGGGUGUUCGAGGCCUGCACUGUCCACCUCCUCCGGGAGGUCCAGGGGCUGGCAAACGUCUUUGUGCAAUCUGUGGGGACAGGAGCUCAGGCAAACACUAUGGGGUGUACAGCUGUGAAGGCUGUAAAGGCUUCUUUAAGCGCACCAUCCGAAAGGACUUGACUUACUCAUGUCGGGACAACAAGGACUGCACUGUGGACAAACGGCAAAGGAACCGAUGUCAGUACUGCCGAUACCAGAAAUGCCUUGCUACUGGAAUGAAGAGGGAGGCGGUACAGGAGGAGCGUCAAAGGGGCAAGGAGAAGGACGGGGAAGGGGAGGGGGCCGGGGGGGCCCCUGAGGAGAUGCCUGUGGACAGGAUCCUGGAGGCUGAACUCGCCGUGGAGCAGAAGAGUGACCAGGGCGUAGAAGGGCCCGGGGGGGCCGGGGGCGGCGGCAGUAGCCCAAAUGACCCUGUGACCAACAUCUGUCAGGCAGCAGACAAACAGCUGUUUACACUGGUUGAAUGGGCAAAGAGGAUCCCGCACUUCUCCUCUCUGCCUCUUGAUGACCAGGUCAUUCUGCUUCGAGCAGGCUGGAAUGAGCUCCUCAUCGCCUCCUUCUCCCAUCGUUCCAUCUCCGUCAGGGAUGGCAUCCUCCUUGCCACAGGGCUCCAUGUCCAUCGAAACUCUGCUCAUUCAGCUGGUGUUGGAGCCAUUUUUGACCGGGUUCUGACUGAACUAGUGUCCAAGAUGCGUGAUAUGCGAAUGGAUAAGACAGAACUCGGCUGUUUAAGGGCUAUUAUCUUAUUCAACCCAGAUGCCAAGGGCCUCUCCAACCCAGGGGAGGUAGAGAUUCUGAGGGAAAAAGUCUAUGCAUCUUUGGAGUCAUAUUGUAAACAGAAAUACCCUGAGCAGCAGGGACGGUUUGCAAAGCUGCUUCUUCGUCUCCCUGCCCUCCGCUCUAUUGGCCUCAAGUGCUUGGAGCAUCUGUUUUUCUUCAAGCUCAUCGGGGACACACCCAUUGACACCUUCCUCAUGGAGAUGCUGGAGGCACCACACCAGCUUGCCUAACACUGAAAGAUAGAGGGGGGAGGGUGACCUGCAAACUUGGAUGGAGGCCUGGAGGGAGGCUGGAAUGCAAGAUGGGCCCCAAACCUUGGGAGAUGAGGGUGGGGAAGAAGCUUCAGGACCUUGGAUAGAGGACAGACCUAAACUGAAACCCCCAAGGGGUUUAUACCAGUUCGUCUGAUGCCAUUAUCAGAGGAGACCCUAGAACCCUAAGAGGGAUGGGGUUGUCUGUUCCAGUCCUCGGCUCGCCUGGUUCUCUAACUUACAGGGGCUGCCCAAGUUUUGAACUGAGUUCUCAUACUGGUAAAGGAUUCCCCUCAUCCUCCCAUCCAUUUCCCUCCAAACAGCACUGGGGAUCUGCUGUGCUUCUCUCCCAGGACCCUGUUCCCUUAUCUGGGAGCCAUGAGCUCGUUCCUCUUCCUCCCCUCUUUUCAGAUAAGACAGUUGAAAUGAGGGCUCUGUUCUUCACCCUAAGAAAUGGACUUUGGGGGGCAGGACCCCUCCACACAAUGAUGGACGUUGGCCAUGGGGCUCACACCUCCUUCCCUAUCAAGACAUGGAAAGAUUGUGGGAGAUGGUAAUAGUGACUGGGAGAGGAAUCACUCUGAAAUCUUCAUAGCCUGGUUCUCACAUAGCUCUUUUUAUGGCAUCUCCCUUUUUAAUCAGACUGAAGGGGAGUGGGGUGUGUGUGAAAGGACAGACUGGCUUUCUCCUGGCCUCCAGUGUGCUGAGGGUUUACUGGGAAGAGCCAGAGUCUUAGUCUUAAGAAGAGCCUUAGUCUCAAGGGUCUUCCCACUGGUGAAAGAGAACUGUGUUAGAGGAAGGGUAUAGGUUGCAUCUAUUCCUGGGGAUCCUCAGCCUUUUAUCUGCCCAGUCUACUUGGGCAACCAAGCCAGGGAGAGGGGUGAUUUGGGUAGGGAGCUGUUUAAGAAGAGAAGUGCUUUUGAGAUGAUACGGUUAUCACUGAAGCCGCCCCCUCCCCCUUCCUGAUUACACCACCUCCCUCCAUAAUCAUGUCUUCCUAGUACUCACAUAAACCUUUUGCCUUGCCCUCCCUUGCUAGGGAAGCUCCUAGUUUGAGGAGGCAGGGUUGCUGCAGGGACUGGAGGUAGGGAUCAAUCCCAGGGAAAGGGGUGGGGGUGUCUUCUGGGGCCUGCAUGAUUCUAUAGGUUCCAGCUCUCCCAUAGAACUUUUCCAAAAAAAAAAAAUGCUUUCAAAUUAAACCGCUGCUUUUCUGGA